AUGGCCUGGUGGAGCACAACACCAACAGCCCCGAGCACGUCGGGCUCAGACCAAAAGAUAGCAACCUCUGCUCCUCCUUCACCAUCCUCGUCCACGACAACAACACCCACCACCACAACCAGCACCUCCACGCAAGCAGCAGCAGCAGCAGCAGCAGCAGCAGCAGCAGCAGCAGCAACAGCAACAGCGCAACAACCAGACCACCCAAAACCCACCACCCCAAACCUCUACCUCGAGAACGACCCGGCCCGCACCGGCUUCGACCCCAAGACGCAGUGGUGGGUGAACUACUUCAAGAUCCUCACGGGCGGCGUGACAAACGAGGGCAUCUUCCACUACCGCGAGGACCGCUACCGCGCCAACGAGGCCCGCGACGUCGCCCGCUGCGAGGAGUACCGCGACUGGCUCUUCGCCUACUCGCCCACCGUGCGCUUCCUCAACGACAAGAUCGCCGAGCUCAACCACGGCCGGGGCAUGACCCCGGCCAGCGUCGUGUGCCGCCGCUGCCCCGCCCGCCUGACCCCGGGCGGCCAGGUCGAGCGCCAGAGCGGCGGCUUCGAGCCGCGCCACGGCAUCCUGGUCUGCGCCAACGAGGUGCGCAACAGGGGCCACCUCGAGGACACCCUCGCCCACGAGAUGGUCCACGCCUACGACCAGCUCAGGUUCGAGGUUGACUUCCGCGGGGAGAGGGACCUGCGGCAGGCGGCGUGCACCGAGAUCCGAGCCUCGAUGUUGAGCGGCGAGUGCAGGUGGACGCGAGAAGUCCUCACGCGCGGCAACUACACCCUCACGGAGCAGUUCCAGAACUGCGUGCGGCGGCGGGCGGUACAGUCCAUGAUGGCGCGGCCGUGGGUCAAGAACGACGUUCAGGCCGUCAAGGUCGUCAACGAGGUCUGGGACUCGUGCUUCUCAGACACUCGGCCCUUCGACGAGGUGUACAGAUGA